AUGGGCAAGAAAAUAGAAUGUUACCUUGACUGCGUAUCACCCUACAGCUUCUACGCUUUCACGUAUCUCCAGCAGAAUGCAGACGCGCUCGCCUCACUAGGCGUAGAAAUCGAAUACAUCCCCGUCUUCCUGGGAGGCAUCAACGUAGGAAGCGGAAACAAACCCCCCUGGACCCUCCCCGCCAAAGCCGCCUACUCGACAUACGACGGCAAACGCGCCCAAAAGUACUUCGGGCAUGACUUUGAAGUACCCGCGUUCUUCCCUAUUCUCUCGCUUCUGCCCCAACGAGCACUCACAUACAUCAAACGCAAGCACGCGCACAAACUCGUCCCUGCUUUCCUCGCCUGCUUCGAGACGACGUGGAAUGGUCAGUUGGAUAUCUCCAAGCCGGAGAAUCUGUCCAAGGCAUUAUCGAAGGCAUUCUUAGGUUCUGAGGUUGAGGAGAUACUGGCUGCGGCGGCGAGUCCUGAGAUCAAGAACGAGCUCACGGCGACGACGGAGAGGGUUGUCAAAGAGCUGGGGGCGUUUGGGUGCCCGUGGUUCUGGGUGACUAAUGGCGAGGGGAAGUCGGAACCGUUCUUUGGGAGUGAUCGCUUUCAUUUCAUGUGGGAUUUCUUGGAGUUGCCGCAUGAGGAUUUGAGAUUAAAGGUUGAGGGAAAGGCGAAGUUGUAG